CGUCAACAUCUUCCAGGUGUUUAUAAAGUCACGUCAGAGCUGCAGUAGCAGUAGGAGUAAAAGUUUGUGGUUCUCGUCGAUAGUAUUGUACCUGUGGCGGAUUCAUUGCAGUAGUCGCGCUUCCUGUUAUUUACGAAUUCGCAUCUCUAGUACUCUCACUCGUAGAACGCGGGCUGGCACAAAGUUCAAAUUAUGCUAGAUUCUCGACGUUCCUAUACACAGUAAAGAAAAAGCUACAGUGAGUUGUACUGUUGGAAGAAAAUAGAGUCUGAUCGACCUGGCUGCGUCUGUUAUUUGGCAAGGACCACAACUGUACUCUACUUUUUUUUCGAAACUGUUUGAUGAUGAAAUAGAAAACUUCUACUUCAAGUAGCGCUACACUUUCUAUUCACAGGUCCAAUUUAUCCUGUAUGAGCAGUACCACGGCGCGGAGUGGUUCCAGAAAAACCUUUAUGAACUGGAAAAUUAUCGUACUCGUAUAAAUGCAUGACAAAUUCCCUCAGCAUGAGAAUUCAAAUUUGUAAUGCGGCUUUACCCUGAGAAAAAAACUUGUAAUGCAAAACUUGCAUUUAUACGAAUACGAUACUUAUGCACAGGAUAACCUUCUCGCCCGACAGGGGGACCGGCUGGACAGCAAGCGGCAGGGGAGUUUGAACCAGCCGGUGACCAAAAACCAGAUUCAGCACUAUGCGUUGCAAAUAUGUCUGGGUCUGGAAACUUGUGAUGCUGGGUGGCGUCUCAUGAUGAGACCACAUGUGCUGGCUCAGCAUGACAAGUUUCGGAGCUUCUAGGUGUUGCCUAUUCUGCAUUACAGACUGCGUUCCUGCAUGACAGCAAAAUGGGGCUCUUGGGUAACGUGCAUGACAGAUUUAAGAGUCAUGCCAGACAAGCAUGACAAACAUGCACUCUUCCAGACCCAGACAUAUUUGCACUUGAUAAGCACGGCAACAUGACGACCUUUUUCCGCGACAGUAUGAAGGAUUUGCUGAUCCACGAUUCCUAUCAACUGCAAAUAUGUCUGGGUCUGGGAGAUUCCGAGAUUUGUCAUGCAGUAGCAGUUUUUCCAAGGUCCGCCAAGACUGAAAUGCAGGGCCGAGCAUCACAGGUUCUGCAGCCCCUUGGUGAUGCCUAUUUUGCAUGAGAAAUGUUCUCUCAGUAUGGCCAGAAAUGGACAGCUUUUGCAAGCCAUGCAAUACAGAUUUUUGUAGGAUGCGCAACACGCAUCACAAGUUCGCAGCCUUCGAGACGCAAGCAUAUUUGCAUUUGAUAAUUCCUCCCACGCGCACCAUCCCAUCUACGCGCUCGACCACACCGCCACGCGGAGUCACUCGCUGAACUGGGUCAAGUUUCUGGCCGGGUUCCCGGAACGCUUUGCGGAAAUGCUGCUGAAGAACGAAGAGAAGACCGAACUGCUGUCGGACUACGUCUAUCCUGUGCGAAAGUAUCGUACUCCUACCUACUAAUCGCAAAUAUGCAUGACAAAUCUCCAUCCUAAGGUAAAACAGCAUUAUAAAUUCCACUUUUCCCCUUGCCAAAAGUUGUGAUGCAAUUUAUACUGGUACGCUGCUUUUGCAAUGCAUAACGUCGUUUCCAGUCUUCUCGGCCCCAGCCACACCGCGGGGCUCGUCGAGGAGGAGGAGAGGUCGAAAGCCGUACACGACGGUGCGUUCGCGUCGGAGACGAGGCCGAAGCGGCGCAAGCAGCUGGAUAUGGAUUGCAAAUAUGUCUGGGUCUGGAAGGAUGCGAACUUGUCAUGCUAAAUCUGAAUCGUGUAAAAAUCUGUGUUGCGUGAUUAGCCAAAAGCUGUCCACUUUGGACCUAAUCGAGAGGCAGUUGCUCAUGCAGGAUAGGCAUGGCAGAACUCUCACAGAAUCUGUCAUGCUAUGUUCUACAUACCAGACCUCAUGGGUCAUGGAAAACCGGCAUGACAAAUCUGGCAUUCUGGAACUCUUCCAGACCGAGACACUUUUGCGGUUGAUACUGGACGUAGCCCUGCAAAAGUGGGAGGAACGACGCGAGGAGUCUUCCUCUCUAGCAACGGGUCGUGGUCCACCACCUCUACUGCAAAUGAAUACACGACAAGGCGGCCCCGAGAUGACGAGCCCAAAUCACGACGAUCGCACGAGGACACAGUGGCACCAGCUUUCCUUGGCUGAGCCUCCAGGUGGUGGACUCGAAGAGCCGGGCACUACCAUGUUCGCAAACCGAUCGAAAAUCUACCACCCACUGUACGUGCUCGCGGUCCUGAUCCGCGCCGAAAAUGAAUUCGGGAUUUUCCCGUUCGCAACCAGAAAAGCCGUCGCCGUGCUGGAAGCGGCCUUUCAAAAAAAGAACGUCAAGAUGAACCAGCGCAACAAAAGCAUAAUAGCGGAGGAGGACCACACGAAACGCCAAAGCGAGGUUGAAGACAACGACCUAUCGCGGGUGCUGGUCUUCCGACGAGAAAGUACAAGCGGGAAGCAGCCAGAGGAGCACGCAGAAGGAGCCACAAAGGCGGGGCAACCACAUCUUCAACAAGAACUUGCGGCGAUUCUGGACUCGGAGCUGGAUGAUUAUACAACUUCUUCACCAGAUCAUCAUCAUUUCUUGGCCGAACAGCCACACGAAGAUGUUGUUGAGAGGCGUGAAAGAACGCCAAGCUCAGACCUACUUUCACAUAACAUCAAUCCAACGUCUUCCAGUAGUACGCUGAACAUCACGUACAGCACCGAGGCGACGCACGUGGACUUGGUGGCCAAUGAGGACGCCUGGCUGAAGAAGGUCAACAAACAAAUUCGCGACCCGCAGGUUUGUCAAGAAGCUCAAGUCGGGCGGUCGUCCGAAAAAGCACAUCAAGCACAACAUAUUGCAAAAAGCCCAGAACAAAGAGAUGAAGACGAGCUCAUAGUACAGCAGCAAACCCGUUGCCUCCCCACGCAUUCGUACAGCGAAGUCCGGUUUGCACUGAACCGCAUGCGGAAACUAUCAAAUGCACAAAUGUCUGGGUCUGGAAGAUUUCUAGAUUUGUCAUGCAUAUUUUCCAUGAGCCAUGAUGUCUGUGAUGCACGCCGCAGCGUCACAAAUUUUAUAGAGGGCUUUGCGAUACCUCUACCGCAUGAGAAAUGCCCUCUCUAUGUGGGACCAACCCGACUCCUCUUGCUGGUCAUGCAAUACAAAUUUUUUUAGCAUCCACAGACAGCAACACAAGCUGUGACCUUCCAGACCCAGACAUACUAGCCAGGGGGAAGGAAUCUCUAUCCCGAAGCGAAAUCGAGAGCACUGGGAGGGGGGAAGCAGAACUAGAAGGAAAGGACGGGGGGGAAGGGUACGGGUGUGUCAGCUAGUCAGUUUCAGGUAGCCACUGGGGUCCUGGUUGUUUCGAUGAGAUUCGAGACGCGGCCGCUCUGCUCUUGGCCAAAUUAUAUAUUUGCGGAGCUCUUGCGGAUAAUUCUGGCUAUGGAGCGGCAUUUAACUUGGCAAGUCGCUGGCUGCCGAUCUUAUUUUUCCGCAGGUGUGGGCCGUUUUGUGGAUCUUUGCUUGUGCGUUUAUUUUGAGAACUAUGCGCGUUUGAAGAUCAUGGCGCGCCUCAUAUUUUCCGCGGCGGGACUUUCUCGGAAGCUUGGCCGGAGCUUUUGCGUAGAAAGAUCGGGAGGGCGUUCGCGCCGCCUCCUUCUCUAUGUGCGAACAGAUUCCGGCGGCCAUUUUCUCCCGUGUUUUCUUGUGUCUGUUGCGGGGCCUGUUUCUCUAUCUGCGAACAGUUUGAAAACCACGCAGAAGCGACGAGGCAAACGGCGGAACACAACGAGGCGGGGAGGCCAGACCUUCGGGACAAGGAAGAUAGAGACGGGAAAGAGUGGAAAGACGAAAAAGGCGGGAAAAACUGAACAGACUGCGAGAACUGGGAGGGCUAGGGAAGCCUGUAAGAAAGACUGGGGCGGCUGAGGGGGCUGAGAAGCUCAAAAGGCGAAUGAGGUUCGAAAGGUUGAGCAAACUGGAGAAGCCGGGAAGGCUGAAAACCUGGGAAGGCGGGGAAACGAAAGCGAGCAAGCCUGGAAGCGAAGGCGCUGACUUGCUGAGAGGCCUCGGCGUCGCUUUUGCCUAGAGCUGGAGGGCGUUCGCGCCGCCUCCCUCUCUAUGUGCGAACAGAUUCCGGAAGCUGUUCCGCGUUUCUCUUUGUUGCGGCGGCUGUUUUUCUGUCAUAGAACUGCUAAGGCAACCGAGAGGCCAGCAGCUCCAUGGAAAAGUCCGGCGGCCGCAGAGCCCAAAGGAGGCGCGGCGGGGCCCCGUUGCUGCAGCUUCGCAGCUUCAGCAGGCAGAUUGGCUGGCGCGCCUGAAACAGCUGUGGCAGCUCGAUAAGUAAGCGGAGCAGGCAGGAAAAGCCCGGGGUAGCUACAAAACCGGCUGUAGGUAGUUAAAGGACCGGCUUUAGUUAACAAGGCGGGUGGAGCUAACGAGCCGGGUUUAGCUAACAAGCCGGCUUUGGGUAAAAAACCGGCUUUAGCUAAAAAAUCGGCUUCAGCUAAAAAACCGGCUUCCGCUAAAAAAGAAACCGGCCGCGGCUAACAAACCGGCUUCAGCUACAAAGCCGGCUUGGGCUUUAGCUAGAAAACCGGUCUUAGCUAAAAGAGCCGGGAACGAAGCUGGGAGGCCGACAGGCUGGGAGGUGGACAGGCUUGCUGGGAAGGUGGGGGGCUUGGGGGCUUGGAGGGCCAAAGGCUAAAAACGGAGAAGCGAAAACGAAAAAGCCAGGAGGCAGACAGGCUGGGAAGCGAGCAAGCUUGGAAGCGAAGGCGCUGACUUGCCGGGAGGCCUCGGCGUAGAAUUUGCGUGCCUAGAGCGGGAGGGCGUUCGCGCCGCCUUUCUCUAUGUGCGAACAGACUCGGGAAGCUGUUCCGCCUUUCUCUUUAUUGCGGCGGCUGUUUUUCUGUCCUAGAACUGCUAGGGCAACCGAGAGGCCAGCAGCUCCAUGGAAAAGCCCAGCGGCCGCAGAGCCCAAAGGAGGCGCGGCGGGGCCCCCGUGCUGCAGCUUCAGCAGCUAGACUGGCUGGCGCGCCUGAAACAACUGCGGCAGCUCUACAAAACCGGUUUUAGCUAAAGGAACGGCUCGAGCUAACAAGCCGGGUCUAGCUAACAAGCCGGGUUUAGCUAACAAGCCGGCUUCAGCUAAAAAAUCGGCUUCAGCUAAAAAACCGGCUUCCGCUAAAGAAGAAACCGGCGUGCUCAGCUAAACGACCGGCGUCAGCUACAGUGUCGGCGUCAGCUACAGCGAAAAGAACCGGGAAGCCGGGAAGCCGGGAAACCGGGAAACCGGGAAACCGGGAAACCGGGAAACCGGGAAACCCUGGAGUGGUUUCGGGUAAGGGUAUCGCUGGAGUGGUUUCGGGUAAGGGUACGCGGGGAGUGAUAAAGUGCUUCACGAUUUCAGUACUUUCGGGCAAUUUCUACCUUUCCCGGGUCUAUAUAUAUUUGUAUUUGAUAGAGCCUUUCGCAAACCGAAUUGAAUCCUGAGUACCGCGAGUUGUGGGGGUUCACCUACAUGGAUUUGCAAAAUGCGGUGAAGAAAGCCUUCCAGCGCUUGCAAACAUUAUUGGAGCUCGCGCACCGGCACUGGCGGCGGGAAAAGGUGAAGACGUACUUCGAGCGGCUGUUUCAAGCGAGGUUUGACCAUCUUGUUCAUGAUCGGGGAACUGCAGGAUAUUUAUUUUCCACUAAGGACACUGAUGUUCUUACCCCCUGGCGGCUGGUGAACGUCGAGAGUCUGGUAACCACUCCAGUGGAAGACGCUGUUACUGAGCAGAUGCGCGGCUACCCGGGCGGCCUCCCCGCCGCGGAAGCCGAGCGGGCUGAGUGGCAGAACCCGCGGCGGAAGGUGAGAAGAGAACUUUGGGCGGAGAAUCGAGAAAAACUGGAACGAAAGUUGCAAGAAAGUGUGGAGAGGGACGAGUUUUCUGUUUUACAGGUGGGGGGCAGAAGAAACAGAAUAACAACUGAAAAGAAGGAUGCAAUAGACCACAAAAAGACCUCCACGAGCGACGUGAUGGCGGAUCAUUUGCACGAAAAAGACCCAACCGAAGAUGAAGAAGGUGCGUUUCUUCAGGAGGACGCUCAUCUUGACGGGCAGCAACUUGGCAAUGAUCACGUGUCGGUGGAGGCGAACGCAGUCCCGAGUAGAAGUACUAGAACUCCGCUCUUGCUACUCUCCCCCGGAGCGCUGGCCCGCGUGAGGAGAACGUCCGAGGCCGCCGCUUCUCUGCACCAGAGCAGGCCAGAGCUACAAGAGGAACUCGAAGUAGCAGGAGCCCGUCGUCCAGAGCGACCUCCAGAAGGCACACCCCCACGACAAUCGUCGACAAGAACUCUUCUGCAACUCCAGCCCGUGAGCGAACUGAUCGCGAAGUCCAAAACUAUUCGCACCGCGUCCCGCACGCACUUCGGGUCCAUUUUCAACGUGCGCAAAAACCACCAGCUGUGGGCGCUGGAGAACCCCUACGACCUUUGGACGGACUUCGCCGACGAGGGCUACUUGGCGACCCCACUUGCCGACUACGCGGAGGACCACAAGGACACCGUGCUGGAGCGGAUUUUCGAGGUUAUCGGCGUACACAACCACUUUUUCGUGGAAAUCGGCACCGGCCUCGGCACGGAAUGUAACAGCCGCUACUGGCGUAUGGGGUUCUCAAAUGUUACAUUCUCAGCUGUUACAUGAAUUUGUAAUGCAAGAAUGGCAAGAGUGAGAGGGCAAAUAUAUACGCCUUUUGCAUUACAGGUUUGGCGCAUAUUCUAGUGCUAUCUAGCGCGUCGAGAACUUGUCAUGCGAAGCAGCUUUACGGUGUAGAUACUGAUGAGAGUUUUGCAUGACAAACCAUGUAACAGUUGAGAGCGUAACGCUUGAGAGUCCUAUAUGGCGCGUGAUGCGCGGCUGGGACGUGCGGAUGUUCGAUGCCACCGCGGAUCUGCCGCACAUUAUGCAUAGCAAAUAUGUCUGGGUCUGGAAAGUUGCAACUUGUAAUGCUAAGUCUGGAUCGUGCAAAAAUCUGUGUUGCAUGAAUGCCAAAAGCUCUCCACUACUUUUGACCAAGUUGAGAGGAAGUUUCUCAUGCAGGAUACACAUGAUGGGGAUCUCACAGAAUCUGUCAUGCUAGGUCCUGCAUUCCAGACGACAUGGAUCACGGAAAAUCUGCAACACAAGCCUCGGAAUCUUCCACACCCAGGCAUGUUUGCUUUUGAUACACAUUAACCUACGACAACAACUGAUCAACCCGGACAACGUCAAUGAGGUUUUCGCAUCGCACGCUGUACCGCAAACCUUCGACGUGCUUUCGAUCGAUGUGGACUCCUUUGACUGGCACCUGCUCCGCGCGGUGCUGUAUCCUGUGCAAAAGUAUCGUACUCGUAACAAUUGCAGUCAUGCAUUACACAUUUUUUUCCUAAGGUAAAUCCGCAUGACAAAUUUUGUUUCUCAUGCUGAGGGAAUUUGUAAUGCAUUUGUAUGAGUACGAUACUUUUGCAAUGCAUAUGCUGCUCCAGGGAAAGUUUCUUCCCCGCGUCAUCAUCGUCGAGCACACCGCCUCCAUGCAUCCCUUUGACGCCCGCUACUUUUCCCGGUACUUCAACGCCACCAAAACGGCGCGGUCGGACGGAAAGCGCGACGGCUUCGGCCGCGGACUCUACCAGUACUGGAGCCAUUUUGGGUCGUCCAUUCUGACUUUCCUCGACCUAGCGAACGCGUUCCGCUACGACCUGGUGUACUACUGCGACACAGAUCUGGUCUUCGUACAUCGAGACAUAUCCAUCGAAAAUUGUGUUGAUUGUGGCGAUGUGUUUGUUCUAUUUCAGUAUUGUGUUGCGGAUCAUGCAAGGCAGUUACUCCUACGAUACUGAGUUUAAGGCGAGCCUGACUUAGUUUUUGUCACGAGUGAAGAAGACUUCGCUUUACGAGUGGCGAAAAGAAAUGUAUCACACCAAAACGCAGUUUUGUCAUCCUGGAUAGAGUAGCCACUUCGGGACCGGGUUGGAGCUGCGGAAGGAUCAUUCCGCCGCGUUGCGGGGCGGGAAAAAACUCAGCAGAUAUGCAAGAAAAAAACUAUGAAUGUGAGUGUAAGUCUGUGAUGCAGAAAGUGCAAAACUACUGUUACACUCGUCAUGCUGGAUGUGCAUCAGAGGCUCUUUUCGUACGUGUUUUCACGUGCUAGCUACGCAUGACAGGUUUUCCGUGUCAUGCAGAGCAAACUUGUGAUGCUAUUCCUCCAAGAAAAUUACACUUACACAGUUUUUUCCUUGGAUAGCAAAACAACUUCGAGUACUUCAACGAGGACCACGGGCAGUUCGUCCGCUGCUUCAGCGAAUAAAGAUUCCAGAAGUACAGGGGAAGAUAUUCCGGAGCAAAAAAAUGAUCGCGAGCAGCCACCGAGCACAGCGACCAGGACUUCUGCGAGCAGUGAAGUAGAGGGCGGUGUGUACGGCCUGGUCGUGGUGGACGAGAAAAAUAUUGAUCACCGAGAAGAACCUCCUCGUUUGAACGGUAUCACCGAGGUCUUUGGCGACCGGGACGAUUCGACGGUGCUUUGGGAGCAGUAUACGCCCGAAAAAGACACGGAACUCCGGCGAGGAGCCAGCUUGGUACAAUGGCAGGAAGGGGAGGAAAGGAGAACGAGGACGACCAUCGCUGACCUAGUUCUUCUUGCUGAAACCACGACUACUGCCCCACCACCGCCGCCCUCCCUCCCCGCCUCUGAACUGCCCAAGAUCGGGUCGCUUUCGUACGUAUGGAUUGCAAAUAUGUCUGGGUCUGGAAGAAUGCGAGAUUUGUCAUGCAGUUUUUCCAUGACCCAUGAGGUCUGGAAUGCAGGACCUAGCAUGACAGAUUCUGUGCGAUCGUUCUCAUGCCUAUUCUGCAUGAGAAACUCCCUCCCGACUUGGUCAAAACUGGACGACUUUUGGUAAUCAUGCAACACAGAUUUUUGCAUGCUUAAGAUUUAGCAUGACAAGUUGCAUACUUCCAGACCCAGACACUUUUGCACUUGAUAUUACGACGUGCGCAACGCAGUCGCGGAGAACGACGGGCGGAGGCCGAGGUUCCUAUCAACUGCAAAAAUGUCUGGGUCUGGAAGAGUGCAUGUUUGUCAUGCUUUUCUGGCAUGAGUCUUAAAUCUGUCAUGCACGUUACCCAAGAGCCCCACUCUUCUGUCAUGCAAAAACGCAGUUUGUCAUGCAGAAUAGGCAACACCUAGAGGGCUUCAGAAACUUGUCAUGCUGAGCCAGCACUUGUCGCUUCCUCAUGAUACGUCACCCAGCAUCACAAGUUUCCAGACCCAAGCAUUUUUGCAUUUGAUAGUUCCUCGGCAUAAACAACCCGACGAAACUGUGCGAGCUGUACCAGCAGAGCGGGCGGUCGGUGGCGCGGCACCGGCUGUAUCGGGGUAACGAAAAUUACUGUUUUCCCAAAAGUAUCUCGCCGCAGUGGAGUUUGGAGGAAAUCCGGCUGAAUUUUUGGCCAAGCCCAAAAACGACGUUUACCCCACAAGAGCUGCGGGAUGAGAAUGUGAAAAUUUGAAGAAGUUGAACAUAUUACAACGGCAGCCACGUGAAGAAGAUGAAGAUGAACCCAAGAAUGCAAAUAGAACUUUUGUUUUCAAGAGCGGCCGGCGGGGUCCUUUGUCCCCAUCGCUCUCAUAGUGAAGCAAGAGCACAGCAGGAGGGGCGCAAAUCCCAACUCAUUUCAUUAGAUCGACGCGACUAUUGCUGCAGCUGCUUUGUCAGAGCUUUCGUAGGGACCGCGGAAACUGUCC